CAGCUGACGAAAUACUGGCACGUAUAUAACGUCCGCCACGCGCUCGCCUUCGGUUGCUCGUGGAAAGUGGAAGUGUUGUCUGCUUUAUCUUGUUAAUCGAGCUGCUUAGAUAUUUUUCUUAAUAUUUCUCGGUUCAGGUACCAAAGAAGGAAAAAAUGUCUAAAGGUACAGUGGUCCUGGCGUACAGCGGCGGUCUGGACACGUCCUGCAUCCUGGUGUGGCUCAAGGAGCAAGGCUAUGAUGUCAUCGCCUACCUGGCUAAUAUUGGACAGGAGGAGGACUUUGAUGCGGCCAGAAAGAAAGCAGAAAAUCUUGGAGCAAAAAAGGUGUUCAUUGAGGACCUGCGUGCUGAGUUUGUAGAAGAGUUCAUCUGGACCUCGGUGCAGGCCAACGCCAUCUAUGAGGACCGGUACCUGCUGGGGACCUCCAUCGCCCGGCCCUGCAUCGCUCGGCGCCAAGUGCAGAUUGCCUGCCAGGAGGGGGCGCAGUACGUCUCCCAUGGAGCCACUGGGAAGGGUAAUGAUCAGGUUCGGUUUGAGCUGACCUGCUACGCCUUGUACCCUGAAGUGAAGAUUAUUUCGCCUUGGAGGGUCCCAGAAUUUUACAACCGCUUCCGGGGCCGAAAGGACCUCAUGGAGUACGCAGAGAAACACGGCAUUCCUGUUCCCGUCACUCCAAAAGCCCCCUGGAGCAUGGAUGCCAACCUCAUGCACAUCAGCUACGAGUCUGGAAUACUGGAGAACCCCAAGAGUCAUGCUCCUUCUGACCUCUAUCUGAUGACCAAGAACCCUGAAGACUCACCAAAUACACCAGACAUGCUGGAGAUUGAGUUUAGCAAAGGCGUACCGGUCAAGGUGAGGCACGUGAAAGAAGGAACGUCCAAAGACACACCGCUGGAGAUCUUCACCUAUCUCAAUGAAGUAGGAGGAAAGCACGGAGUCGGCCGAAUCGACAUCGUGGAAAACCGCUUCGUCGGAAUGAAGUCCAGAGGUAUCUACGAGACCCCGGGAGGCACCAUUCUCUAUCAUGCUCAUCUGGACAUCGAGGCGUUCACCAUGGACAGAGAGGUCAGACGCAUCAAGCAAGGGCUGGGCAUCAAGUUCUCUGAGCUUUUGUAUAAUGGAUUUUGGUACAGCCCAGAGUGCGAGUUUGUGCGCCACUGCAUUGCCAAGUCUCAGGAGAACGUAGAGGGCAAAGUGCAGCUGUCCGUGUUCAAAGGCCAAGUCUACAUCCUGGGUCGGGAAUCACCCAAGUCUCUGUACAACGAAGAGCUUGUCAGCAUGGAUGUUCAAGGAGAUUACGAUCCUUCAGAUGCAUCCGGCUUCAUCAAGAUCAAUGCAGUCAGGCUACGAGAGCAUCACAGGUUGCAGGGAAAAGACCAGUUGAAGUAGUGACAGCUUCACGUCUUAAUGACUUGAUGGCUUAUAUAUCACAACAUACUGCUUUUAUUCUUUUAAGUUGUAGAUGACUUGAUAGCUACAGUAAACGAAAAAAAAAUACUGUAACAGUUUAUUAAAAACGCUGGAAACUGUC